AGAAAGCGGAGAGAUCGGUCUAGGAUUUAUUAUGCCCAGUUUGACCAGUAAUUGCCAAUAUAACCAAUCGGACCCAUGGUGAAGAGAAAGAAGACGUCGCCCACUACCGAAGAUCACGAAAAUGGCAUGACACCGGGCUCCAGGGAGGGGAUCGGUGUCGAUGGGAGGAGGAAUCCGUCCAGAAAGCCCGAAGGUUGCGACGAGGAGGAGAGCGGAGAGCAGGCGACCGAGGAGCGCAGUACAAAGGGAGACGACGGAGUGGAGAGUCUUAAUCCAUCAGCUGCGGGUCUCAGCCCCGGUUCAGCUCCGGUCCUCCCAGCCUCUCCGCCGAACCGAACCGGACUAGGCUCAACCCAGCAGCCCCAGCCCUCCACGGAACCCGCCCCUCCGUGUCACGAUCAACAUCAUUUUCUCCGAUCAAGUGUCCGACCUCCAAGCAAACGGAUCCGGAAGGAUUCAAUCGGCUCAACCAUCAAUGGACAUGGCGGGGCAAAAUCGAAAGGGGCUGAGAAUGGCUCUUCCUCUCAGGGGGCAGUUGGACAGUCGGGGCCUGUGGCCGGCUCUACGGGGGGAGUGUCCAAGGCGUCCAAGGGCCAAGGGUCUGCUGACAAGGAGGAGCAAGCUGGUAACCAGAAGAGGGCCCGUCGGCAGUGGGAGUCUUGGAGCGCUGAGGACAAAAACAGCUUUUUUGAGGGGCUCUAUGAGCACGGGAAGGAUUUUGAGGCUAUCCAGAACAACAUUGCAAUGAAGUACAAGAAGCGAGGGAAGCCGGCCAACAUGGUGAAGAACAAGGAGCAGGUCCGACACUUCUACUACCGCACGUGGCACAAGAUCUCCAAACACAUCGACUUCGCCAAUGUGUACUCCAGAGUGCUGAAAAAAUCCUCUCAAGAGUUGUACGGUCUCAUCUGCUACGCCGAGCUCCGCAAAAAAGUCGGAGGAUUAAUGGAUGAUAAGAAUGUGGCAAAGCUAAACGAACUCAUCCAGCAAGGGGCCACCACUGUGCGCUCCAAAGGGAGGAACCUUCGAAUCAAAGCACCCAUGUGCCGUGCACUGAAGAAACUUUGUGACCCAGAUGGAGUAAGUGAUGAGGAGGACCAGAAGCCGGUACGUCUUCCCCUGAAGGUGGCAGUGGAGCUCCAACCACGUAGCAACCACUCCUGGGCCCGCGUUCAGAGUCUGGCUCACAACCCUCGCCUCAGGAUGGUGGUGGAGCUCCACAGGAAAGUCUCCAGUCUCAUUGAGUAUCUGAAACAGAAGUGGGCGUACCACGACCAGCGGAUUCUCAAGAGUCUGAUGGAGAGGGAGGCUCUGGAGGGCAGCCAGUCCAGCACAGCCUCUCCCAGCAAAUCCCAACCGGAGGAGCUCUUUCUUUUUCCGGCUGAGAGCAGCUCCUUGACGAUGCUUCCCGGUGUGGCACGUGUGGUUCACUCCAAGGCCUCCUGCACUGUUCACUGGCUAGAAAGCGGAAAGAACCGGCCUAAUGCAAAGGAGCUACCCACUGCCCAGAUCCUGGGAAUUCACACUGCUCCACCAAUUCGGACUGGUGCAAAAUCUGGACGAGGAAGCACUGCCGCCGCCGCUGGAGGCGGUGGUGCUUCAGUAACUGUAUUGAGUGACACGCGUCGGACUGAGUCCCUAAACCCUGAGCCUUCAUCAGACAGUUCUACAAAGGUAGAGGAGAAGAGACCACUACCUGUCUCUGUCCCUGUUUCCUCUCAGCAGGCUCCCAGAGAAGAGGGAGCUGGGAUGGGCCCCUCUGAAGGCAGCAAGACCUGCAGUGGAGCAGAGGCCAGUUCCAGCUUAUCGUUGACCAAAAGCAAUGACAAGUUGUGUAGUGGUGCAGAGAGCACAUCGGAGCAAUCUAAAGAGGAGCAGAACAAUAGCACUUCUUCUCCAGAGGCCAACCAGACACCUCCAGGCAAGCUACCUGUGGCUGCAUCAGAGGAGGGCAUGCCGCAGGGUCCUGCCCCGGCGGCCAAAGAGCGGACUGCUGAACAGAUCAGAGAGGAGGGCUGGAGCGCCCGUGAUGCAGAGAACGUCACCCUGGCUGAGCUAUACUUGAUGUUAGGAAAGCCUGGCAAGCUGCAGCUGGAGUAUGAGUGGCAACCUAUCGCAGUUACUGACAACACCCAACAAAACGGACAAACCUUGACACAGACUAAGCCCAGCAGGACACACCGUGUGUUGCGCUGCCUGCUCAGACUGGUUGCAACUGAGGUCAAUCCGAAACCUUUGGCUCCAGAGCUGUGCUCCACAGCCACAUCACCACUCAAAACCCAUCAGGAGGAGCAAAACCAGGCCCUCACGCCUCCAGGAAAGGGUCCAUUAGCAGGUGUUCGCAGCCCCAGCUGUGGCCGACAGCAGGCCUCUAUCCGAGGGGCCAGGUUACACCUGCCAAACGUCGGAGGCUCAGGUGGUCGUAAUCUUCCCCGCUCUUUGCUGGGGUCGACAGCAGGCGGCGAUGCAGAAGGCGGUGUGUUCGCUGUACCCACCACGCUCCCCCCCAACAGUUCACGCCACAACAGAAUGUUCUCCCCCAACAAGGAGGCGGAGCUGGCCUUAAGGCAACAGCUCGACUCCAUCAGUAUGCAGUCAGAUCUUUUUCUUUCUCGACCGCGAAAACCUCGAAACAGACAACUUCGGAAACCACUUGUGGUUCAGCGAACUCUGUUACCCCGAACUACUGGAGACACUCCUCAGCAUGUUUGCUCCUUCUCCAUCCUCUCCAACUCCUCUGCCACAGGAACUGGAUCUUUCCGGCCAAUCCAGCCCCGUCUGAAUCCUUCCUCCCGCCCCCUCCUGUCCAAAGCUUCUCCUGCCGCCUCCAGCUCUGUAGCGGCCAAUCAGCUCUCCAGUGCCAUCGACCUGGCAGCCAAGUCUGCAGGCAUCAUCCCUGGCAGUCCCUGUCGGGAGCUGGAUUCUCCCGCUGUUGAUAACAGCACCCUGCUUGGCACCACGCCCAUUGUAGAUGCUGAACCGAACUCUCAGCUUCUACAGCACAAUGUCCCAGAGAAUGGUCUCCCUCCACCGUCUCCUGGAGUGACUGGUGGUGGAGACUCGCUCCUCUCUCCACCCAGCGUAGCCUCACUCCUGGACAUCUCUCUCCCCGGCCCCCCUGAAGAGGCUCUCGCUCCCGGAGAACCUCAAACACACAUCAGUGACUCCAUCAUCGAGCUCGCCAUCAACUCUGCCCACUAUGGUGAGGAGACGGCUCUCUCUCCAGCCAAGCUGAGCAACAGCGACAGCUCCAAACUGUUAACCUCAUCUCCCUCAGUCAGCCCGUCCCGAGGCUGGAUCCCAUCGCCCAGCCAUGACCCCCAGUGGUACCCCAGCGACUCAUCUGACUCCACACUGGGAUGUCUUCUCUCCAGCAUGGUCUCUCCUGAUAAGGGCAGACGGACCACCCUAACCCCCUCUGGCCCCUCCAGUGGCACGGCUCUGCUUGGUCCUAGCCUCAUGGACUGCAAUUCCCAUGAUUCCUUUCAGUCCCGUGGCCUUCCUGAUGUGGCAGAGAUGGACUCUCAGCUUGCUUGUAUGAUGAGCGAGAGCAGCGUGGACUACAUCGCUCGCUUCAAUGACCUGGCUCAGGAGCUGGCUGUGACCGAGCCCUCCAUCCCACCGCCCUGAGGAGGAGGAGGAGGAGUAGGAGCUGGCUCCACCGGCACAAGGCCAUCUGGAGGACAUCUUGGUGUCUAAACUGUCGUCGUGCUCUCCCUUCUAAGGAGGAAAAAUAAGCAGAGAAUGACCAAUCCCCCCCCCCAAAGCCAUCCCUGCCCUGUUUGUAAAAGUGCAAUAAUUACGGUGAACCUCGACCAUUGUUCAAAGCGAGUUAGAAACGCGUUGGUUUCACUGAACUGUUCUUCAAGGUGAAAUGCCCUUUAAAAACAAACACUUUAGAAAAACAGAUGCGUUUACAAAAAACAACCUCAUGUACAGGAAAAUACUAUGCCAUAUCUGAACAAAAAAUAUUUUCACUGAUCUUUUAUGUCUCUUCCUGCUCUUUGUGUGUGUGUGUGUGUGUCUCUGUCUGUCUUCUUCUCUCUCUGAUUUACCCCCCAAAAAUGUGUAUAUCCGCCAAAAUGUGCAGUUCAGAUCCCAGCUGGUGGCAAACCACUGCUGGAAGGGGACUUUAGAAAAUAAUGGCAGCGAGAAGGAGGUUGCAUAGUUGUUUCUUUGUGGCCUCGGUUGCAAAAGUAGAGCACAAACACGGUAGGGAAGGUAGAAGUAAAAAUCCUUUGCCGUCACCCUCCAUUUUCAUGUGCUCUUCAUCUCCUAUCAGUUCAGGUGUUAUUGGUUGUGUUUUAGGAAGAAAGCCUGCCCCCCCCCGUUGGAAUCAGGUUCUUCAUUUUGUUAUACAGUCAAAAAAACGGCAGCUUUCAUUUUGGUUGACUACAUUUUUGGUAGUAACUCUACAGAUGUGAUCAUCAGUGACUCCCCUUGAAUUUUGUGCUGAAAUCAUAUCGGAGUUCAUUGUCAAUCGCUUAUAAUGUCUAAAGAAGAUAAGACCCGUUGAACUUGUUGCAAAAGCAGGUUAAGAAGAAAUAACAUACUUCUACUUUCUUCCUCUGCAUA